UUUUCAAUAAAAAAAAUGGAAGAAUAUUGGGAUGACGGUGAAGAGUUUUUGUCUCCACAACCUGGAAUUUCCAGGAAUGAACAACCCAAUACAAGACUGAAUGAUGCACCUCCAGGCAGAAAUUAUAAUUCCAACUCAUAUAAUAAGGAAUAUUCCGCCAAUGGUGCCAGUAAUAACUUCAGAGAAGGCAGACCUAGGAACAGUGAUAAAGAUUUUUCUUAUAGAGGAAGAACAUUUUCACGAGGCGGUCAUAACGUGAGAAAUUGGCGAGCAAAUGAAGAAUCUUCGCGAGGCGGUCGUAACGAGAGAAAGUGGCGAUCAAAAGAAGAAUCUUCCGAAAUUCAGAUUCAUUCAAAAUAUACAGGGAGAGUCAUUGGUCGUGGUGGCUCAAAAAUACAGAAAUUACAAAAUGAAAGUGGCGCACGUAUUAAAAUCCUUCAAAAUAGCGAUGUAGAUGGAUCUACAUCAAUUCGUCUUACAGGAUCGUCUGAAGCUCGUCAAAUGGCUAAAACGCUGAUAGAAGAAUUAACCGUGGAUUUUGGCAAUAUGUCAACAAAUAAAAACUUAUGUAAAUUUGAUAAUUCUGGAAAUACAUCAUCUUUUACUAAUAAAGUUAAAGAAAAUGAAAUCAACUCAAUCAUUGACUGGGACGAGUUGAAUAAAAACUAUGAGGAACAACGCAAAAAACAACUUGCAGCGCUUCCAAAAUUAAAAAAUAAUUUUUACAAAGAAGAUCCAGUUGUAGCAGCAAUGACUAAACAUGAAAUAUAUCAAUUUAGAUGUGAAAAGAACCGCAUGAUUGUGAUGAAUGUAGAUAUUAAUGAUAAGAAACCUAUUCCUAAUCCUAUAACUACAUUUGUGCAAGCCUUCCAGCAUUAUCCUGAAUUAUUGGAAAAACUGAAAAAACAAGGUUUUUCGAAACCAUCUCCUAUUCAGAGUCAGGCUUGGCCAAUUAUUAUGAGUGGUUAUGAUCUGGUUGGCAUUUCCCAAACUGGUACUGGAAAGACUAUAGCAUUCUUGCUUCCAGCGCUCAUCCAUAUAGCUGGACAAACUACCUUCCAAGAAGAACGUGUUGGGCCGAGCUGUGUUAUUUUAGCUCCAACACAAGAAUUAGCUCAACAAAUCGAAGUUGAAGCUAAAAAAUAUUCCUAUUGUAAUAUUACAAGUGUAUGCAUUUAUGGUGGUGGUGGCGGCAGCAGAAGGGACCAAGUUAAUGUUGUAACCAAAGAUGUGGAUAUUGUCAUAGCAACUCCAAGACAAUUGAAUGAUCUUGUUAACAACAAAAUCAUAGAUGUUUUUGGUGUCACUUAUGUUGUUCUGGAUGAAGCUGAUCAUAUGUUAAAUAUGGGUUUUGAAUAUGAGAUAUUUAAAAUUUUUCUUGGUAUUCGUCCAGAUCGACAAAUCAUAAUGACCAGUACUACUUGGAAUAAGGAAAUUGAAAAAUUAGCUGCUAGAUACAUGACAAAACCAAUUGAAGUAAAUGUUGGUUGUUCUGAUUUAGCUGCUGUACACUCAGUUACCCAACAUGUCAUAUUUGCUGAAGAUGAGGAUAGACGAGCAAUAUUAGAACAUUUUUUGGCUUCUAUGAAAGAUGAUGAAAAAGUCAUUGUGUUUGUUAAUCAAAAAGCUGUUGCUGAUGAUUUAUCAAGUGAUUUAAUAUUGCGAGGAGUUAAAGUGCAAUCAAUUCAUGGAGACAGAGAACAGGUGGACCGAGAACAAGCCCUCAAUGACAUAAAAACUGGAUAUGUUAAAAUUUUGAUUGCUACUGAUGUAGCUUCCAGAGGGUUUGAUAUUAAAGGCAUAACACAUGUAUUUAAUAUGUAUUUCCCACAGAAAAUUGAAGAUUAUGUUCAUCGUGUAGGCCGAACUGGUCGUGCUGGACAAACUGGAACUGCAAUAUCUAUAUUUACUCAACAAGAUUGGAUGCAUGCUGAGAACUUCAUAAAAAUCCUUAAAGAGGCUAACCAGUCAGUCCCUCAAAAAUUGUAUGGAAUGGCUGAUCAUUACAAAGCUUGGAAACGUAAAAAAAAAGCAGAAAUUGCUGAGGCUUGUAAGUUUCGAUGUGGCACUUUUGAUCUAUUUCCCUGUUUAAUGCUGCUAUCUUUUCUGUAGAAGAAUGUAUACAGUCAUUUUUGUAUGAAUAUCUGCUUGGUUAAUCUGUUAUUGAAUAUACAGGUCCCAUUUUUUAUUUAUAUAAAUAAAAAACAUUUUUCAUCAGGACUUUUUAUCAACAAAUUGUGGGACAUAUUAGGAAAUAACUAUGUUCCUAAUCUCAUAUCUUGAUUGGAACUACUAAACAUAUGCUAUUCUCAAUAGAUUUCAUUAACACAGGAGAAUUGUGUUUCAAGGAUUCUAUUGCUUAACAGGAACAUAUAUUAUUAGCAUUAAAAGAUAUUUGUGUGAAAGUAAAUGCUUAUUCCUUCCUUUGAUUUAUUAUUUAUUUUGAUAUAUGAAAUGAAUGAAAUAGUAAAUAUUAGAGCAGAUAUAAGAUAUAAAAAGUCUUUCAUUUAUACUUGCAUAUAAAAAAAUAAAAAGCAAUUAGUUAUCCAGACAAUUUUUUAAAUUAGAGUUUUUUUA